AUGGUGAAGCUCUACCACCGGUACAAGCCGUCUCUGGCCUUCGGCGUGAUUGCUUCUUUAGAGGCCAACAUCUGCUACGACGGCUCAGGGAAGCUUCUCCUCUCCCCCGCUCUCGACCAGCUCGGCCUAUGGAAUCUCCGCCAGGGCGUUUGCGCCAAGAAUUUAUGCGCUUCGUCGGAAAUUCCGAGCCCCGCCCUCGCCAUAACUUUCGUCGCCUCCUCCCCCUCUACCGUAAGCCGUCAUCUAUCGCCGCGUCAGUUGUAUUCGUCCUUCUCCUCUUCUCCCUCGUAUUCUCAAGGGAUAAAUAUCUUUUGAAUGAAGGUGGCGACUGGGCACGCUGACGGCAGUAUAAGGAUAUGGGACUGCGACAGAGGUACCUGUGAGACGACCUUUAAUGGGCACAAGGGCGCCGUGUCUGUCCUUCACUACAGCCGUUCUGGCUCUCUGCUUGCUUCCGGCAGCAAGGACACUCGCAUUAUCAUCUGGGAUUUGGUCGGGGAAGCCGGGCUAUUCUCCCUCUGUGGUCACAAAGACCAGGCAUAGUUGCUCUCCUUGGGCUCUCUGUCAUUCUCUUAGGCCUUCAGAAUUUAUCUCAAUCCUUCAUUUACUUUCUUUCGUUUUGCAUCAGGUAACAGACCUCAUCUUCCUAGACUCCGAUAAGAAGCUUGCCACCUGCUCAAAGGACAAAUUCAUACGCGUGUGGGACCUAGAGACACAGCAUUGCAUGCAGAUAAUAGGUGGGCAUCAGACAGAGGUAUGGUCACUGGAUGUCGAUCCCGAGGAGAAGUAUCUGGUUACGGGCUCUGCAGACCCUGAGCUACGAUUCUACCGCAUAAAGCAUGAUACUCCGAUCAACGGACUGUCAAGUUCGCAUACAGAAAACAAAUGGGAAAUUUUGAAACAGUUCGGGGAAGUCCGGCGACAGAGCAAGGACAGAGUGGCCACUGUCAGAUUUAAUCAUAGAGGGAACCUUCUUGCUUGCCAAGCUGCGGGGAAGACUGUGGAGUUAUACCAUGUUCUGGACGAAGUAGCAUCAAUGCGGAAGGCCAAGAGGCGACUUAAGAGAAAAAAAGAGAAGGCCUCAUCAAAAGGAGUCGAUGAGGUGAAUGGGGAUGCAAAUCUUGGAACAUUCACUGCUGAGGAUUCCAAAAAUCCCACUGUUUUAGUUUCUGAUGUUUUCAAGUUUCUUCAAGUUUUGCGAGCCAGCAAGAAGAUAUGUUCCAUUGCCUUUUGCCCCCUGACCCCUAGUAAUGAUACCCUUGCUACUUUAGCAUUGUCCCUAAACAAUAACAGUUUGGAGGCUUAUACAGUGAAGAACAGCGAAGUAAUCAGAACACAUGCUAUUGAACUCCAGGGUCACCGUUCUGAUAUUAGAAGUGUUGCACUCAGCUCUGACGGUACACUUUUGUUGUCAACCAGUCAUAAUGCUGUAAAGAUUUGGAACCCAGGGAAUGGUUCUUGUCUCCGAACAAUUGAAUCCGGAUAUGGAUUAUGCAGUGCCAUAUUGCCUGGCAAUAGGUACGCUCUGAUUGGAACUAAAACUGGAGCACUAGAAAUCAUCGACAUUCAAAGCAGUUGUUGCGUGGAAGUAGUGGAAGCCCAUAGUGGUUCAAUUUGGUCGAUUGGAUUAACCCCAGAUGGAAAUGGUUUUGUGUCUGGCAGUGCUGAUCACGAUAUCAAGUUCUGGGAGUAUCAACAAGUACAGAAACCUGGUCAUGUGAGUUACAAUCAACAAAAACUAGUUCCUUGAGAUUCAAACCUUCUGCUAUGUUUUAUAUUUUCGGUUGAAUGAAAACUGCUGUCAACUGUGGAGCCGAAAUUAGAUGUAGAAUAGCAAUGCCAACUGAUCGUUUGUUUUCUCCAGUUCACUAUUUUUUUUGCUCAGCAGGGACUUCGAUUUUGAAUCACAGUUGCUUGUAGUGCACAAAUUAUCCGCUUUGAAACUCAGAUCAUUCGUUAUCAUUGAGCAAUUUCUAUAUUUUUUUUACUUUUAGAAUAUCAAUAUUCACACCUUAGGUCUUUCUGUCAUCAGUUUUGUACAUGAACAACGUUAUGAUAAAUCUGUAUUAUCUAUUCAAGCUAUCGUUGUAGGAUCAUUUUUGCCAGAAGAUGAUUAUUGCGUGUGCUUACAUGAGCAGUGUAAAAUAUACUUCUGCUUAGUUCCUCGAUUAGAUCUAGUAUUUUGCGCACUAUAUUGACAAUCCUUAUCAUGUUGAUGUAACCCCUUCAGUAUUUGACGUCAAAUUAUUUCUUUAGUUAUAUGAUUAGUUUCCAAUCAGAAUUAUUGAUUUCUUUUUCAGGGAUCUAAUCAUUUAACUGUGACAAAUGUCCGGACAUUGAAGAUGAAUGAUGAUGUUCUCGUGGUUUGUGUCAGCCCAGAUGCUAAAUAUAUUGCAGCUUCUCUCAUAGAUUGCACAGUCAGGGUUGGUUUUAAUCUUAUCAUACUUAGCUCUCUUUUUAUUAUUUUUCUCUGCUUCUUACUUCCUAUUAUACCAUUUGAUUACAAGACAUAUAAAAUGAAUGUUUACACUGUUAUUUAUGUAGCUCCUUUUUUAUGUUAAAUUAUGAUUCAUUAAUGCUUCUCGUUAAGAUGCUUGAUUUGAAGUAGGGUCUGUUAACUCCAAAUCAUUCAAUUUUGGAUACCGCUUUCCCUGAACAAUUACGCUUAUUGCUUUACAGGUUUUCUAUUUGGACUCGUUAAAGUUCAGUUUUCCUUUAUACGGCCAUAAACUGCCUGUGCUUUGUAUGGAUAUUUCAUCCGAUGGGGACCUUAUAGUUACUGGUUCGGCUGACAAAAAUUUGAAGAUAUGGGGUUUAGAUUUUGGUGAUUUGCACAAAUCUCUUUUUGCCCAUGCUGACAGGUAAUGACUUAUUAUUUCGAUAAAAAAAUUGUGUUUGGCAGCAUCUUUUUGCUAAUUGAUUGUCCUGUGGCAGUGUCAUGGCUGUACAGUUUGUACGGGAUACACACUAUAUGUUUAGUGUUGGAAAAGAUCGCCUGGUAAAAUAUUGGAAUGCGGACACAUUUGAGUUAAUUUUAACUCUUGAAGGACACCAUGCGGAAAUUUGGUGUCUUGCAAUAAGUCAUCAUGGUGAUUUUGUUAUCACAGGAUCUCAUGAUCGUUCUCUUCGGUGUUGGAAACGUUCAGAUGAUCAAUUCUCCACUGAGGUUUUUAUGCUUUUUUACUUUGACAAAUUUUCUCAUGUAGUUAGUUAAUUGUGCAUGUAUUUCUCUUAUAUUUUUCUUCUCAUUACUUUUUCAUCUCUUCAUUUGCAGGAGGAGAGGGAGAAAAGGCUAGAGGAAAUGCUUGAGUCCGACUUGGGUGGUAUAAAUGAGGCUAGCUUUGGGUUCAAACAAGAACUUCCUGAGGAGGGAUCUGCUCGUUCUUCUGCAAAGAUAACUCACGAGACAUUAACUAAAGCUGAUUUGCUAAUCGAGGCACUAGACGUUGCUGAUGUCGAAUUAAAACGUGUGGAGCAACAUGAGGUACUUCUAUUUGUUGCUUUAGAUUUUCUCAUCUACUCAUUUAAGUGAGUUUGGGAAGCUGGAUGAAUUUCCAGUAAUGCAUGCUACAAUGUUAUAUUUAUAAUUUUAAAAUGCCUGGAAUACUGGCCUUCGUGUCCUGCGGUUCUCUUUUCUCUUAUCUUAGAUAAAUGGCUAGCAUUAUCUCUUUCAUCUUAUCUUAUAAAAGUGAACAACAUCUGUAACCACUUUCUAUAGAGGAAUGACAUCUGUAGUACCUCGAAUUCUUGGCAAUGAAUUUGGUUAGUCUGCUGAUGACUGUCUGUAAGGUGGGUUUAUUUUAUCUAACAUGCAAUCGCCUUUCUACUACCAGUUGGAGGGUGAUUUGGGUUUUGUGACAACCACCCUUUAUAAUUUGAGUUAUGUGAAAUGACUGGACCUUUCUAAAAAGUUUCGGUUAUUUUCUUUACUUGUAUUUUUACAUUGUCAAACAUGCAAUCAUCUCAUGCAUGGGAUGGCCUGAUCUUGCCAUUGGCUGAAUUCCAUGGGACUUCUGUGGGAAUUUUUUUGGCUAUUUGUGUUGGUUGUGAUGCUAUGAAGAUAUUUUGAAUGCAACACCUCAUUCGUAAAUCCUUGUGUGCGUGCAUGUGUGCAGGAGGAAAUGAGACACGGGAAAGCGAGUGCACUCCAGCCGAAUCCUAUAAUGAAUGGGCUCUCACCAUCUGAUUAUGUUCUUGAUAAACUUUCCCGUAUUCAGCCCAAUGACUUGGAGCAGACUCUGCUGGUAUGCUGGUUGUUCAUCUUGCUGAUGUUUAUUCUUCCAUCUUUUUCUCACUCAUGGUCUUUUCUUUAUUGUUGCUUGGAUUUUGUUGAUUAUGGCUUGAUUUUUAUGCUAGCGUUUAGUUUGUUGUAUGUACAUCUCAUGUAUAUUAUCAGCUGUGUCAUUUGGCAUCAUAUUUGUUGUUUUAUGAUUCGUCGACGUUGAUCUCUACACAUAGUUUAGUUUGGCUAAAACAUAGAAUAUUUUGGAAAACAAUUACCCUAAAACGAGCUAUUAUUUGAUAUGGUACAUUUUUAGUUAGUGAUUCGGUCAUUUAUCCUGAGAUUAAGAAGACCAUUUAAUAAUCUAGUUCUGAACGACAAUCGAUGUUCAUUUAUUUUUAUCGUUUCAAGGAAAAUGUUUUUACACAAACAAAACAUAACUUUAUGCUAAAUCAUGCUCUCAUUCGAUUUACAAUGAACAAAGUUUUCUUUGUUGUCAUUCCUAAGAUAUAUCACGUGAGGUUAGCACAUAGGUGGCUUUUCAGGCAGCAGUUGAUAUUUCAUUUAUAAGAGUUAUUAUCUAAUUUUUUACUUCGUUUCGUUCAGUUGUUUUGCCGUUUUGCUUUAGACUAAUAAGUCACUUAAUAAAAGCUCUAUUAUGAAAAAAAAUAUUUUUUUCUUUUCUAAGGAAAAUGCUUUUUCAAAAAAAGCCAUCUAUUAUGAGCCUAAACCGUUGUCUUUAAAUUGACGCUGAACUGUUGACUUUAAAGCCAGCUAUCGUGUUUUCUAAAAUGUAUCACAUGAAACCUGAGUACCUACAUGUCUUUUGUGGAGGAGCUGCUAUUGCAGUUCGUAUGCUACUUGGCGGACGGUGGCUGUGUUACUAUUUUAAUGGGAGUUUGAUUGUGUUUUGGUAUGGAUCAACCUUCUAUCUGAUAACUUAUCUGGAGAGUAAUCCGAUUCUGCCGUUCAAUUAUUGAUACCUUGCGCUGUAAACUAUUGAGAUGGGACAAUUUUCAGAUAAUUAUUUGUUGCUAUGUGAGGUACUGAUAAACUACAGGGUGAUAUCAGCCAUUAACUGGCAUUGAGCCGGCAAUGUAUAUAAUCACAAUAUUGAACUUAUUUAAACUAUGGCAGGAUGGGUUUUAAAUCAUUGGAAGAGGGAUCAGAAACAAGGUCGAGUAAUGGCCAAAUCCUGUACUUUGGCUGCUAAUUUUAUCAGUUUGAAAUGCCAUCCACUCUUGAAUCAGAUGGAAAUAGUUUUUUUAACUGUCCAGAAGCUGACCAGGAUACAAAUAGUCGAUUAGAUAUUUACCUACUCUUUCUCUCCCUCGCUAAUCCUUUCUCCAUCCACAUGGCAGUCUCCAUACGAGCUUUGUUCAGGUUUGGUAACCAUGUUCGAAUUGCUCACAUAGGUUUUUGGUCUCAGCAGAUCGAUAAACCAAGGGUAGUACUUGUUGUGACAACUGUUCAUACACUUAUCUCAUUUUAUUUGAUUUGAAGAGAAUGAUAUUUUUAGGAAGAAUCGGGUUGAGAAUCUGUUAUAAAGUGAAAGGGUCACAUGGUUCAUUGGAUGUCUUAACUUCUGUCUGGAUGUUUGGGAAAUGGUCAAGAUCAAAGAUUCCUUCAUUGUUGAUUCUAAAGAGCUUGGGGCAUUAACUCAAUGUUCAUGCAAUGCAUUAUCAAGGAAAAUAUAUGGGACGAUUUGAUAAUAUUUAUUAGUAAGCUUUAUGGAUAGAUUGUUUGUGGUGAUAAACUUCUAGCAUUCAUUCAUCCGUGUUUAAUCAUGUGGGAGUGUGCUGUUCCUGAAAAGGCAUUCUAGCUAAUAGAAGUUCCUUGUGGUCCAUGGAUGUCAUUAUAUCCAAAAAUGUGGAGAGUAGAAUAGCUCACCUUUAAAUUUCAACUUUUAGAAGAUAUACGGACCGGUCAACUAGCAAUCUCAUUAAAUGUAUUAGGAUAUCGAUUUUGAUCAAAUCCAAAUUCCUUGAAUCUGAAGGCCUUUGCCCCUACUCUUUUGUGGUCUUUGCUCCAACUCAAGGAAGAAUGGCUAAGAUAAGAUGAUCCAUGGAAGGAUUUGUCUCCUGGUCUUAAUCAGCCUUAUUGGGCAGGCAUACAUUCUUUAUUUUCUUUAGAUAACAUUUUUUUCUAUUUUAGGGCUCAAUUUUCAAGUAAUACACAAAAAAUUAUUUCAUUCAAAUAAAAAUAUUAGGUUUUUUUUUAAGGUUUCGAAAUCAUUUCAAUUCAUGAUGAUAUUAUUGAGUUUCACUGAUGCCUGGUGGAAAUCAAAGAAAAAGGAGAAGAAAGAUCUUGGUGGCAAUGCAAUCAGGCCUGUAUUAUCUCAUCUCCAUUUAUGGAAGGAUGAUAUGAACAUCACCCUUAGUGCUAUUUUGUCUUCUCUUUCCUAAACUUCUUUGUCUUAGUGUUCUGUUCUUCUCUCUCUCCCUCUCCUCAAUUUAGUAAUUUGACUUUUUGCGUAUUAUUGUUCAACUGUCUCAUUCACAGCCAUGUUAUGAAUGCUGCCUUGGUGCUUUAAUCUUUUCUCUCUCCAUGGCGUGAAAAUUAGCCAUAAUGACAGUCAACAUUUUUGAAUGAAUGAUCAGGAUUAGACAACAGUUUUUAAUAAUUGAGUAAAUUUGUAUGAUUUUAACAUGCAAUAUCUCUUUUGCAGUCCUUGACGUUUUCUGACACUUUGAAGAUCAUGUCUUACUUGAAGGGAUGGGCCUCCAUUCCCAACAAGGUAAAAACAAAACUAACUUUUCCACUGACUGUAAAAGUAGAUGUGAGUGUAGUUUUUUUUUUUUUUGCCCUGUUGCCUUCCCAGCGUAAGGCUCUUCAGUUUGCGCCGCCAUUAUCAUCUCUAUGGGUCCAUUUCAUACUUGAGCAGGGAUGGGCCUCCAUUCCCAACAAGGUAAAAACAAAACUAACUUUUCCACUGACUGUAAAAGUAGAUGUGAGUGUAGUUUUUUUUUUUUUUUUUGCCCUGUUGCCUACCCAGCGUAAGGCUCUUCAGUUUGCGCCGCCAUUAUCAUCUCUAUGGGUCCAUUUCAUACGGAGCAUAUCUUAAAAAAUUGGUAGAUCAGCUUCUAUCUGCUUCUCUUUAAAUAUCUUCAGGUAUUGGACAGUUUAAUAUAUAGUCAAAUGCAAAGGAGACAAGCGUUUUGCUAGAGGCUGGGAUAUCUUUCCUCUAGAAAAAUCAGUAAAGGAAAAGAAGAGACACCUCCAGUAUUGUGCCGGUGAAUGAGUCAAAAAAUGAAGUUUUCAUUCAGCUUUCGAAAGAUAGUUGACAAAUUUUCCUUGUCGGGGAAUCAGAAGCUAAUUACUCCCUUGCCCACAUGCCCUCUUAUAGUAUGUAUCUGAGAUAGUAUUCCCGCCCAGUGUUCCAUCAGAAGACGUCCGUGUGCUGUAGAAACCACAGUUCCCCGCAAAGGCAACGAAAUUUGCAUUAAAAUGAGCCGUGUAAAGGUUUCAGUCUAAUGAUUAAAACAGUUCUUGGGCUCUUAGAACAGGUGGUGAGGAGAGUUGGUGUGGCUUGUUAUUCGUCUCAUCUUUUUCAGUUUCCUUUCUCACAGUAGCAUCCCACUCUUUAUGUGUACCUGACUGUUUCUCUCACUAUGCUGCUGCUGCUACUCAAAUGUAGGUUGAGCUCAUCUGCAAGGUGACGACAGUGCUUCUACAGACGCACCACAGCCAGCUAACAGCCACACCUGCUGCCAGGCCAAUUUUAUCAGUCCUGAAGGAAACUCUUCACGAAAGGGUUGAGGUAAUGGCAUGCUAUUGCUAUUGAAUUCACCAACGCCUAUGAUAUCAAUGUAUCUCAUCUCUACGUACCUGCUGUGGAUUAUCUGAGGAAUAUCUUCAAUCUUUAGCGUGAGGAGAUGAGGAAGCACAUGGCUCGCGCCUUGUUUGUGCAUCCCAGGGAGAGGUAACCUGGGUUAAGGUUGAAGAGGGUCUGGUGAUGUUCUGAUGGACUUGGGCCAUCUCACAACUUGGACUUUGCGUUGCCCCUAACUGAAACAGAGCCGUCCCAUAGAGUUGACCUGUUGAGCUGGUUAAUCCAGAAGUGGGAGUUGACAAACCCUGAAUAAGGUGAGGCAGAGGCUACUAGAUUAGGAGAUGACCCGUUGACCCAAAAAAAAAGGCAAAAUUUUGAGGUAAUAUCUCGCAUUUGAAAAAUAAAAAAAAUUAUAUGCAGGAUUCACUACCAUGAUGGUGGUAAAGAAAAUUUUUUGAGGGAUGGAAACGAAGUCAAUGUCGGAUUUCCCCCACUUUCCAGAUUUAUUUAUUUAUUCGAAAAAAAAACAUUGGCAUAUGAAAUUCUGUUCAAAUGUCUGAUAAUGUAUGUUCUCUCUCCUCAAAUGUGUUCAGGAAUGCAAAGACAUGCUGGGCUUUAAUCUUGCCGCCAUGGAUCAUCUCAAGGUUUGCGGUUUGCCUCCAAUUACUCCAUUAAUUUCUUUCCCCUCUCCCCCUCCUCCCCCCGGUUCUCUGUAACGAUUCCUCCGAUCUUUCAGGAGAUGAUGUCCAUUCGAUCGGACGCCCUGUUCCAGGACGCCAAAUCGAAGCUCCAGGAAAUCCGGUCUCUGCAAUCCAAGCGCAUUGAAGACAGGAUGGAUGGAAAGAUGAAGAGGAAAAGGAGACGGCAGAAGGGUUCAAACGAGUUGCUGGCCGCGGCCUGA